AUGCGUUGGUUGGCAUGUGCCGCUUUGGUUUUGCCAAAGAAUGAUGGGGAUGUGAGCAUUAAAUGUAAUCCCAUUAGUGGGGAAUUUCGCUAUUUUUCUUUAACGUGUGACGUGAAAAGUGGGGAUUUUGAAUCAAUAGUCAUCAUUUUGAGUGAUGAUUCAAAAAUGGAAGGGUCGUCUGGAGAAUUUCUUUCAGACGAAGUCCUUUCUUGGGAUUCUUCAGAGAUUAUGUUUCUAGUGAAGUCUGACGAGGGUGAAAACCUUUCCAAUAAACUUAUUCAUCUUCCUGUCUUGACCGAGGCAGAAAUAGAGGUUGUUGGUCAAAGGAGGGAACGUGUCGGUCGCCUCGUUGACACAUAUCGGGAAGUAACUAACCUGGAGUGA